AUGAGUUGUGCUCACCCGAGCUCCAGAGCGGCGAGGUUUUGUUUAGGAGAUGAAAGCCCUGUGCGCCCUGUCGGUCCGUCUCCCCUCAAGAUGGGAGCAGCUGAGGAGUCUCUGAUGCAGGCUCUAUCAUCAGCACCGGUCAUGACGAUAACUCCUUACGCAGCCUACAAGAGAACCAAGAAGCCCUUGAAGUCCAUUUUGAAGCGACCAGACCCCCUGCAGAGUUCAGAGAGGGAAAACGGUGGAAGCGCCCCGAGAACCCGUCAAAGAAGAUGUGUUAGCUUCUCUGGCUUUUCCAACAGCCGGUGGGAUGCUGAUACCAAUAGGUCUGCUUCGGCAGGUGGCCGCACCGGCAAGGACAAGGGCAAGACAAGUUCUCGUGGCAGGCCCUCAAGAAUGUCUGUACCGCAUGUGAAUGUGAAUAUCUCCUCGUCUACUAGUACUGGCAAGGAUAGCUGCAUCUGUUGUAUUACCGGUGGUAACAAUCACCACCACCAGCCUCACCACAGUCACAACCCUGCCAGCCACAACCAUCAGAGGAACUUCAACUGGACCUCUCCAAGUACCGGCAGUCAGAACCGGGGCAGAUCAAAGUCUUCCUGUUCGCCCCGCCUUCCAAGGAGGGAUGCCUCUUCAGUAUCACCAACAAGGACAAAAGUCAGCAGCCUCAAGCCCCCUCGUCGCCGCCUGAGCCACGAGAAUCUCUUUCAACACAAGAUCGACUUUUUUCUAGAACAAACGGCCGAGCAUGGAAAGAAAAUAGAGCUACAGCAACGGCAUCAUGCCAAGAAAGACGACCCAUGCCUGGAUCUGGCACCAGUCGCACCCAGCAAGAACAAGGAUAUUGAAGAGCUAGAAAUGUCCCUCAUAUCCAUGCAAAACUUCUUGGUGGCUCUGCAUAGUGUACCAGACAACCAAAAGCUCCUUCAAAAGCACUUGGAGGUUCAGACUCGAGUUCAAGACGAAUUGCGGCAACAGAAAGAGCUGCACCACGUGGACGAUGAAGACGAAUACGAUGAUGAAGACGACGACGACUCGUCCUGUGAUGACGACGAUGAUGAUUUGGAUGAUCUCUAUGACGAAAUGAUCCGACAUCGGCCACUGCCAGCCUUGUCGAUGUUGGGGGGGAUACAGGAAGAAGAAUAG